AUGCCGCAGAGACCAGUAGACCCAGAAAUGCCGCAGAGACCAGUAGACCCAGAAAUGCCGCAGAGACCAGUAGACCCAGAAAUGCAGCAUUCUUCGUACGACCCGUACGAAGAAUACUUUGACAACAAUAUUGUUAUUCAAGGAGUAUCUCAUCCCCUUCCAGGAAAGUGCUGGCCCUUUGGAGGUUCGAAGGGACGUAUUUCCAUUUCUCUUCCUAACAACGUCUUGAUCAGCCAUGUUUCACUGAAUCACAUACCUAAACGGAUAUCCAUUCAUGGCACAAUCUCCUCCGCUCCAAAAGAGUUUUCCAUCUAUGGAAAGAAGGAUCUAGAAAGUGAUGAGAGUCUUUUGGGGACUUUCCUCUAUGAUGAGGAUGGAGACCAACUACAGAUCUUCAAGCUUCCUGAUUAUGUAACUGGUUCCUUCCGCUACAUAACCUUACAGGUAAAGAGCAACUGGGGCAACCCUGACUAUACUUGUCUGUACGGUUUCCGAGUGCAUGGAAAAUUAGAAAAAUGA